AUGGCGCACAAGCAGGCAGUGAAUGGACAUGCCACCCCCACAGCUCACCCAGAAGACACCCCAGGAGGAAGUCACUUCCAUCAGGACAUGCAGCCUGGCAAGCGGGGACAGAGGGGUGUGGAGCCCCACGGGGUCACAGAGCCCCUGCCGGAGACUGGGACCAUUGCUGGGGUGUAUGUGGAGGCUUCCAAGAAGACGAUGAGUUUUUAUGAUGCCACCAGAGAGCAUUUCCUGAUGUCUGAGACAGCACUUGCUCUUCUGGAGGCUCAGGCAGCCACAGGCUCCCUCAUCGACCCGGUGGGAAACAAGCGGCUCUCCGUGGCAGAGGCCGUGAGACUGGGGCUGGUAGGCCUGGAGCUGAAAGAAAAGCUGCUGUCUGCAGAGAGAGCAGCAACUGGCUUCAUGGACCCCUACACGGAUGAGAAGAUCUCGCUCUAUCAAGCCAUCCAAAAAGAGCUGCUCGGGCGGGAGCAGGGCGCCCGUCUGCUGGAGGUCCAGAUCGCCACAGGGGGCCUCGUGGAUCCAGCCACCAGCCACCGCGUCCCCAUGGAGGUUACCUACGAGCAGGGACACUGUGGUGACGAGAUGAGCCAGCUCCUUUCUGACCCCAGCUCUGCUGCUGCCAGAGGGUUUCUUGACCCAAACACCAGCGAGAGGGUCACCUAUCGGGAGCUUAAGAAACGGUGCAUGAUCGAUCCGGCCACCGGGCUCCUCCUCUUGCCUCUGAAAAUCACCUUCCCGGGGCUGAGAGGGAGAGUGAGCAGCAGAGAGCUGCUCAGCUCCAGCAUCAUCGACAUGGAAACGUUCAGGGCCCUCCAGGAAGGCCGGGUCUCCGUCCAGGAGGUAGCAGAGAUGGACCAUGUUCAGCAGUACCUGGAGGGCACGGGAAGCAUUGCAGGUGUAGCCGUACUGCCUAUCGGUGAGAGGAAGAGUCUGUACCAGGCGCUGACAGAGCACCUCCUCAUGCCAGGCACAGCACUGACCCUCCUGCAGGCCCAAGCUGCCACUGCCUGCCUGACAGAGCCCACCAAGAACCAGAGACUCUCAGUUGAUGAUGCUGUCAAGGCUGGUGUGGUUGGGCCGGAGCUCUAUGAGAAGCUGUCAUCCGCUGAGAGAGCCGUCACCGGGUACCGAGACCCCUGCACUGGGGAGCUGCUCUCUCUGUUUCAAGCCAUGAAUAAGGGGCUCGUUGCCAGGGACCAGGGGACCUACCUACUGGAGGCCCAGCUGGCCACCGGUGGCCUCAUCGAUCCAGUCCACAAUCACCGUGUCCCAGUGGAGAUGGCCUGCCAACGGGGCUACCUCGAUGAAGAGAUGAAGCGGCUCCUCUUCCAUCCCACCCAUGACAUCAAAGGGUUCUUUGACCCCAACACGAAGGAGACCCUGAUGUACGCAGAGUUAUUGGAGAGGUGCGUCACUGACCCAGACACCGGUCUCCGCCUGCUGCCACUCUCUUCCACCGCCAAUAUCACCUUUGAAGGCCUGAGGCACAAGGUGACCCCUAGCCAGCUCCUGAGUGCUGAAAUCAUCAACAGGGAUUUGUUUGAGAAGCUGAGCCAAGGGGAGACAUCCGCCAGAGACGUUGUCGGCAUGGACACAGUCAGGAAGUACCUGGAAGGGACAGGUAGUAUCAGUGGGCUGCUGCUGCCCGAUUCCCAGGAGAAAAUCAGCAUCUACCAGGCAAAGAGGAAAGGCCUUCUAAUGCCAGGGACGUCCCUCAUCCUCCUCGAGGCACAGGCUGCCACUGGAUUCAUCAUCGACCCAGCUGCAAACAAGAAAUAUUCCGUGAAGGAGGCUCUGCGAGCCAGCGUCAUCGGCCCAGAUAUUUACAACAAGCUGCUGGCAGCAGAGAAAGCAGUCACUGGCUACAAAGACCCCUACACCGGCAACAAGAUCUCCCUCUUCCAGGCCAUGAGCAAAGGCCACAUUGUCAGAGACCACGGCAUCCGCCUGCUGGAGGCCCAGAUCGCCACCGGCGGCAUCAUCGACCCCGUGCACAGCCACCGAAUCCCCGUGGAGGUGGCUUACAAGCGGGGCUACUUCGACAAGAAGAUGAACUUGAUCCUCUCUGACCCCAGCGACGACACCAAGGGCUUCUUCGACCCCAACACGCACGAGAACCUCACGUACUUGCAGCUGAAGGAGAAGUGCAUCACAGAGCCCUCCACUGGACUCUGCCUCCUGCCUCUGAACAGCAAGAAGCGCCAGUUCAUCAAUGACACCACCAAACAAGCCUUCAGGAGAGCCGUAAUGGGCUAUAAAGACCCUUUCACUGGGGAAAAGAUCUCCCUCUUCCAAGCCAUGAAGAAGGGCCUCAUCGCCGACAAACAGGCUGUUCAGCUCAUGGAAGCCCAAAUUGCCACAGGAGGCAUCAUUGACCCCCACCGUGGCCACUAUGUCCCUGUGGAAUUUGCCCAGAAACAAGGCUACUUGGAUGAGGACAUGAGCAAAACUCUCUCUAGUGCCUCUGAUAAUACCAGGGUCUACAUUGUCCCCAACAGCAAGGAGCCUAUGACCUAUGCUCAGCUCAUCGCGCGCUGCCAGAAGGACAAAAACUCUGGCCUCCACUUGCUGCCUUUGCCACAGACAGCUGUGCCUGUCCGCACGGAUGAGCAGAUCCAGCAGCUAUUCAAGGAGACCAUGGUGAAGGAGAAAGGGGUCUCCCUCUGGGAGCUGAUCCACUCUGGCUACUUCACUGAGGAGCAGAGAAAUGACUUUGUGGAGAAGUACCGGUCUGAGGACGUGUCUGUCUGGCAGCUGGUCACUCUUGUCCUGAAGCUUGUUGAGGAAAUAGAGAUGAAAGCCCAUACCCACAUCACCUUCGAAGGCCUGAGGGGCAGUGUGCCUGCCGUCUGGCUGCUCGAUGCUGGCAUCAUUACCGAGAAGACGUUCGAGGAUCUGGCUCAGGGAACACAAACGGCCAGAGAAGUAGCCGAGAUGGAGAGCGUGAAGAGAUACUUACAGGGCACAGGGAGUAUUGCUGGGAUUUUCAUACAGGCCUCCAAGAAGAGGAUGAGCAUUUACCAAGCAAUGAAAAACAAUCUCCUCCUGCCAGGGACAGGGGUGUUGUUGCUAGAGGCUCAAGCAGCUACAGGAGCUGUUAUAGACCCAGUAACAAACCAGAAACUUGGUGUGGAGGAGGCCGUCAAAGCAGCCAUUGUCGGUGAGGAACUCAUGGAGAAGCUGCUUCUAGCAGAGAGAGCAGUGACCGGUUACACAGACCCAUACACGGGGAACUCAAUCUCAGUCUGUCAAGCAAUCAGGAAAGGCCUCAUUCCCAUGAGCGAUGGUGUUCCCUUAAUAGAGGCCCAGCUGGCUACAGGAGGGGUCAUCGAUCCCAUCCACCAUCAUCAUCUUCCUCUUCCUGCAGCCUACAUGCACGGCUUUUAUGAUGAAGAAAUGAACCAGGCCCUAUCCCAGCCCACUGACAACACCAAAGUCUUCUUUGAUCCAAACACAAAGGAAAACUUGACCUACCAGCAGCUGAAAGACAGGUGUGUCCCUGAUGCUGAAACAGGCCUCUGGCUACUACCUCUGUCUGAAACUGCAGCAUUCUAUGUGGACAAACAAACCAUGGAGGUGCUGAAAUCUGUGACAGUCUGUGUUGCAGUAGGACGGUUCAAAGGGCAGACAGUUUCCCUCUGGGACCUUCUCAACUCCGAGUACAUCACAGACUGCAAGCAGAGAGAGCUGGUGGAACUAUACAAAGAGGAGAAUGCUGUGGCCCUGCAAGAAAUCAUCACCACCGUUACCACAAUCAUUGAAGAAACUGAGAAGCAAGGCAAGAGGUUCACGUUCAAGGGCCUGCGGAAGCAGGUGUCUGCCAGUGACCUCUUCCAGUCUCAGCUGAUAGACAAGAAAACCCUGGACGAACUCAAGCAGGGACAGAAAACUGUCAAAGAAGUCACAGAGAUGGACUCCGUCCGGAGAUACCUGGAGGGGGGUAACUUCAUAGCUGGAGUGUUAGUACAGCCAGCCAAUGAGAAGAUGAGCAUCUACCAGGCUAUGACGAGAGGAAUGCUGAGGCCGGGCACCGCGCUGGUGUUGCUGGAGGCGCAGGCUGCUACCGGGUUUAUUAUUGACCCGGUGAAGAACAAGAGGCUGUCAGUGGAGGAGGCACUUGCUGCUGGGCUCAUUGGACAACAGGUCUAUGAGAAGCUGCUGUCUGCAGAGAGAGCAGUGACCGGAUACACUGACCCCUUCACAAAAGGCCAAAUCUCCCUCUUCGAAGCUAUGAACCAGGGGCUGAUCCUCAAGGGCCACGGCAUCCGCCUGCUGGAGGCCCAGGUCGCCACCGGCGGCAUCAUCGACCCCGUGCACAGUCACCGCCUCCCCGUGGAGGUGGCUUACAAGCGGGGCUACUUCGACGAAGAGAUGAACCGGAUCCUCUCUGACCCCAGCGACGACACCAAGGGCUUCUUCGACCCCAACACGCACGAGAACCUCACUUACAUACAACUCCUGGAGAGAUGUGUCCAAGACCCAGAGACUGGGCUGUACAUGCUCCAAAUAGUAAAGCAUGGGGGGACAUACUUCUAUAUCGAUGAGUCAAUGAAACACUUUUUACGCUCAAAACCCAUUAAAAUGCAAGUUGGGAAGUUCAAAGGCCAAACAGUGUCCCUCUGGGACCUGCUCUGCUCUCAGUACAUCUCAGAACAGAAAAGAAAAGAACUAGUGAAGCAAUAUAAAUGUGAAACCCUCACAAUAGAACAGCUCAUCACAGUCAUCACCACCAUCAUUGAGGAAAUGGAACUCAGAACCCAAGCCCUUAAGGUUAAAGGACUCAGAGGACAUGUAUCUGUGUCAGAGUUAUUCAACGCUGAGAUAAUUGACAAGACAACACUGGACAAUCUGCAAAAAGGAACUCUCACAGUCCAUAAACUCACACAAAUGGACUCUGUCAAGAGGUAUCUGGAAGGAACUGGCUGCAUUGUUGGAGUUCUGCUGCCAGCCAAGAAAGAGAAGAUGAGCAUCUACCAGGCCCUAGAGAGAGGUCUCCUAACACCAGAAUCAGCGCUGGUGCUGCUGGAGGCGCAGGCUGCCACCGGCUUUAUCACUGACCCGCUGAAGAACGAGAAGCU